GUCAUUCGAAAGAGACGUUUAGACAUAACCUGAAACAUAUUUAUAAAAAAAACGUCAAAUCAACAAAAAUGAAAAAAUGGACGAUUUAAAUCUGUCUGAUACUUUGCAAAGGUAUUUUUCUGACGUUUUCUUGUGCUGUGACGAGGAAAAAUCAGGUAAAUCUCCUUUGAACAAAACCUUGGAAUUGAUAAAAUCGGGAAACGUUCCAGAGGAUGUAGUUUCCCAGAUUUCAGAAAUCUGUUGGACACCAGGAACCAAUUAUUUGAACAAAAAGCAAUUCUUUUCUGUACUAAAACUGGUGGCAGCUUACCAAGCUAACAUUCCAGUAACCACUGAGAUUGUAUCCAAAAAAAUCGACCUUUUGCCCCCGCGGUUUGCUUGGAAUGCUCAAGACACGGAAUCACCUGUGCCGGAUUUAAUUGAACUAAGAAACGACGCAGACUAUAACACAGAUCCCAGCACUGAUUCUGAGCCGGACAGUGAAACCGUGAGGUGUUCGCCGGAAGUGUCCAGUCCGGCAUCAGAUAGUCCCACACCAACAAAUAGUGUUCAGGAUCGGAACUGGGUUAUUUCCGGAGCUUGGAGGGGUCUGGUCUCUGAAGAGCAGCGUCAACUUUUAGGCACAGAGGAAGAGUCAUCAGAUAGACACAGCAGCGAUGACGAAACUGAUUAUUCGAGCGAGGUGUGGACCAUCACUCCCGAACAAAGGGAGUACUAUACUAACCAAUUCAAAAAGCUUCAAGAUAACCCAAAUGCUCUUCUGGCUGGUCCGGUAGCGAGAACGUUCUUUGAACGGUCUCAGUUGCCGGUCCAAGAGCUCCGAAAAAUUUGGCAGCUCUCAGACGUGACGCGAGAUGGUGCUCUUUCCCUUCAAGAGUUUAACACGGCUAUGCAUUUGGUUGUCUUGCGGAAACACAAAAUUCCAAUCCCUGACGUGUUGCCAUCGACUCUCGUGCCACGCAGCGAGUAUCGUCGUUCUGCGAGUCCCGAAACCGAACCAAUGCUUUCGCCCCAGGCGAAAGAUGGCGCCAAAGAGUGGACGAAAUUCGUCGAUAGCCCGACGAGUUCGGUUUCGUCGCCAGGUCCAAAACCUGUCAAUUUUGAUUUUCAGAUAGAUCAAAAUGAUCCGGAUUUGAGACACCCGGUGGCUAGGAGACUGACGCCCGAAAUCGCGGCCGCUCUGCAAAAUGAUGACGUUCUAGACACCAUUGAUUUGCAUAGCCCUAAAAAGAACCUGGAUUGUAGUAAUUUGCAGGUAAUUCACAAUUUGGCGCCCAAUAAUCCGCACAACAGUGCCAUUCAGAGACCGCAACCGAAAAAGGUGAACGUCCCGGGACCUGGGGCGAUCCCUCCCCCGCCGAACAGCCAGCAAAACGCGGCCGAAGAUGGCGGACCUGUGAGCCUGCCAUCGUUCCCUCCCCCGAAGAAGGAAAAACCCCCGCCACCGCCCCCGAGACCGUUCAAGACUCACGGCCGUAGCUCAUCCUUGGAUCUAAAUAAGCUCAGCAAACUGGGUGCGCCACCUACCGUGCCGCCCCGCGUAAGUCCGAGCGGUCAGUCGAAGCGUUUGACCAAUCAAAAGUCGGAGGGCGACUACAUAGCGCCGACGGAAACGGCGCCCUCUUUCGGCGACUUCGAUCAGUUCGGGGAAAAGUACGAAAACGUCCACGAUGAAGUGGUUUUUCCGGGCGACGUGUACGAAGCCGAACGAAAGAAGCUUUUUGCACAGUUGUUCGCCCAAGAGAGUCCUGAAGAAGUGCCACGGAAACACGGCGCUUUCGAAGUAUACAGAAAACCAUUAAAACCGGCCAGCGAGAGUCCCUUAGAUGUGCUGGAAGAAGAGAGAUGGGAGGAGUUUGAAAGAUUGCAGGUCGAAAAUACUGCGUUGUUGCGCACUUGUCAGGAGCUGAGUCAGAUGUUGGCCGACGUGAAGGAGGAGAAAUUCCGGUUAAAAGUUAGGUUAGAGCAAUUGGAAACGCAAGAAAACGGAGGAUAGUUUCUAUAAAGAAAAAAGUCUCGAUAAUUUAUUGGAAUAAGGAUCGUCGCGCCAUGUCCACGUUUAUCUAUUUCUAAAUUUUCUUUUGGACCUUCGAAUUAGGCGUUAUAAUCCAACCGAUUCGUUUGUGUUAAUCAAGAGUAACUAGUUCUCGUUAUGUGAUAUUUAAAAGGACUCGUUUAAAAACAAAAUAAAAGUUAUGUGAGGUGCCGUUUUAAAAUUUGGGAAGGCAGCAUUUCGCGUGUUGAUAAUAGAUUAGUGGACGUAGGAGUAUCCAUUAGUUGCGCCACUAAAUUCAGGCUUGUGAUUUUCCUGUUAACCAUAUUUUUAACAUGCGCAUGCUACUGUUAAAAAAAUACUUUGGCCAUCAUUAAUGAUUAAUCGUUAAAAUCAUUCAGAAUGACAAAAAAAUAUCGUGGAAUGUUUGAGCCAUUAAUAUUUUUCAUGUAUUUUCAUUUUUUGUCCCGAUCUCAUUAAUGCGUGAAAAGUGCCAAAUGUGUGAGGUGAAAAUAUUUAUUUGAAUACAUUUUUGCGGAAAAUUGAAUUCCAGUCCUUGACCAGUUUUUUAAUUAACUGUUUUAUUGUGGAAAUUUGUAACUAACAAAUAACUUAGUAUACAAUACCAAUGUAUUAAUGGUGGGGGGGGGGGGGGGGUAAUUUAGUAUUGAACAGAUAUGAAAUGAAAUCGUUUUUUCGCUUUCACACAAUUUUUUCUACCUAAAUUAUUAUGUUAUCAAUGCAGUCACUACAAAUAAUUUAAAAAAUAGCAAUUACGUUUUACUAUUGAAAAUUAUUUAUCUACAAUAUUUUACACAUUAAUUAUUGCCCUUUCUAUGAAGAGUGUAAAAUAACUAGGAAACGCUAGACUAUUAUUAGUUGUCAUAAGGCUUAGAAAAGCCAUAAAUAGAUAUGAAUUCGUCUAUAUAACUUUCAACAUGAUUGUUUUUUUUUUAUAAUUUUUAGUGAUUGUCUUGCUGACAUAAUAAUUUUUUGAUGUAGAAUGUAGAACACGAAUUUGAUCUAUCAAGUGGAAAAAUUGGAAGACAACAAAAAAAACAAGGAGUUCAUUUUUUCUUUUAGUUCAUUCGCAAAUAACUUUUUAAAAAAUCAAUAUUGUUCUUUUUUGUAUAUUGAGUUGUUUGUUAGUUGCAAAAUUCGAAAAUUAAAUAGUUAAAUCAAAAAAACUUGUUAAUGUUUAAGGUUUGAUUUCUUGAUGCAAAUUUUCAUUCAGAGCUUUUGUUAUAGGGAAUUCAAAUUUGGCUGUAAGAUCAGGACAAAAAAAAUUAAAAUGCAAAUGAUUAAUAUUAAGGGCUUAAACUUGCACAAUAUUUUUUUCGUCAUUUUCAAUGAUUUUAUCGAUAUGUUUUUCAUAAAAAAAAUAGUCGAUUCUUUCGCCUAGUCCAAUCUGAAGCUAUUUGAUGUCAUAGUUUUAAAUUUAUUAUUUCUUGCUUUACCAAAUGGUCUGUUUCAGAACAAUCUGAUUUUUAACAGGUAAAUUAAAUGAUCGAAAACUGCACUAAUAAAAAUUAUUCAGUCCCUACUAUCAGGACAUGAAAAACUAUUAAUGGAAUUUAACUUAAUUGAUGGCGCAGGCAAAAAUCCAAGAAAAAUAGUUCAAAAUGUGUUAUUUAGAAAUUGAAACUUUUAAUCAGUAAAAUUAUUGAAGGGUUUAAAAUUCGCCAAAUAAAAUUAUUAAAUGAAUAGAACAAAACAGAUCCAUGAAAUUUAAAAAUUACAAAAAUAAAAUAUCAUAUAAAUUUUAUUAUAUUAGAUUUUGACAAUAAUUGAUUAAAUAAUGUACUAAAAAACAAAAACAGUUUUAGUGUCAAAUGUCAAGUUAGUGACGAGAACGCUUUGUGAGAAAGUGACUGCAAAAUCAUUUUUUACAUGUUCAAUUUAAGUUUUAAAAGAUUUUACUUAAUUUUAAAUUAUUAACAAAAGAGAUUUAUAACACAAACAAUUACUAUUUACAAAUCUGGAUUCCUCCAUGUUGAUGAAUAGAACCUGCUGGUGGCUUUUCGUCAAUUAUCCUGUUGACUUCUUCAGAGCUUAACUGAAAGUAGUGUUGCUUUCUACUCUGUACCUGCUUAUAUAUAGUUUGAGGGAGGAGGAGCUAAAGAAUGGUGAGUCGCGUUUAAGAUUAUUUGGUUAUUUAGAGAUUACUAUGGAUUCUCGCAAGAAUUUUAGUGGAAUAAGAUUUGAUGUCGGGUUUCAUGCUUAUAUUCGGCAACUUAUUAGUCUUAAGGGUUUUUCAUGCUCUUUUAUCCUAGUUGAUAUUUUUCGGUCUGUUUCUCCAAUGUAUUCUUUGCCGCAUACGCAUGGAAAUGCUGUAAACUCCGGGUGUUGAGAGAUUUUUGGACAAGUGAUAAAUCUGGUUUUAAUUUAUUUCUUGAGAACUUUUGAUAUGUUGUCAGUAAUGUUUUGAUUAUAAGGAAGAACCACAGUGGCAAGUGUGGAAUUUACAGCAUUCCAUGCAUAUGCACCACUGAGGAAACAGGGCGAAAAAUAUCAAUUAGCCUAAAAAAACAUGAUGGAGCCUUAAGACUUAAGAUCAGUAGUUGCCGAACAUAAUCAUGAAACCGGACAUCAUAUCUUAUUCGACCAAACUAAAAUUUUUGCAUGUCACCAAUUCUUCUACCCAAGAAAAAUACAACAAUCGAUAAACUAUCAAACAAUAAAUUUACAUUUCACCAAUUUGAAAAUCACCCAUCCAAGACAAUGUUUCUUUCCGUUCUUUAAUUCCGUUUCCCUUACACUAUAUGGAAGUACGUACAGAGUAGAAUGCAAACCAGUUUCAGUUGAGCUAAGAAGAAACCAACAGGAUAAUUGAGGAAACGGCAACCAAGACCGACGCAGAAGCCUUGUAAAUAGUACUUUUGUAUUUUUCUCCCCUUUAAAAUGAUUAUGAUUGUGAUUUCAACCCCCUAAAUCUUUGUAUUUUAAUUUGUAGAAUCAUCUGUUGUUCUAUGACUGGAUAACUUAUAUUGAAAGACAAGUUUGCAGAAACAAAUAAUGACCAAACUGAACACCCUGUACAGUAAGGUCAAAGUAACACGCGACUAUUGUUAUAAUAAAAGUUUUGCGUCGUCCUCAGUGUUAUUUAGUAUUAAAAACGGUCCUCACUGUAUAUUUAAUGAUAAUUUGAAGUUCCGAAAUUGGAUCUGGAUAUGGUCGUAUCGCAAUAUGUAGCGGCAAUUCAACUCCGUUUUAUUAUUCAAACGUUUUUGUAUAUACGAAAAACAUACGUAAUUUUUAGUACGACGCACAUUGUUUUUAUCGUACCGCCAAAAACAAAACUGUUAAAUGUUAUACCCGCGUAAAAUACUUUAACUCAUCGCUUGUUAUUGAACUUUGCAAGAUUUUUUACAUUAUAUUGAAAACGUUUAUGGCAAAUAAUGUCGUUGUAAUAUUGGCAAGUUUAAAUAGUUCAGAUCUAUCUAUAUUUUUAUCUAGACCCUAGACCUAUUUUGAAAUUGAAAUGAAAUAAACUGUAUUACGUUUCUGUU